AUGAAACUUAUAGUUGUGAGCAAUAGACUACCUAUAACUUUAAAACGUACAGAUAACGGUUUUGAUUAUAUACAUAGUGCUGGUGGAUUAGUAACUGGCUUGCAAUCAAUAAAUAGUAGGAUUAAAUUUAAAUGGUUCGGUAAUUUGAGCAGUAAAGGACUAAGUGACAAAGAUAAAGAUACUAUUUACAAUGAUUGCAGAACAAAAUAUAACUUUUAUCCCAUUUUUAUUGAUCCAGAACUAAAUGAAAAAACGUAUAACAAAUUUUGCAACGGAAUUUUAUGGCCGAUGUUACACUAUUUUUGCGACGACAUGGUGGUAGUCGAUAAAUACUACGAAGCGUAUAAAACUUAUAAUAAAAUAUUUUGUCAAGCAAUACUUAAAGAAGCAGAAGAUGAUGAUAUUAUUUGGGUUCACGACUACCAUUUAAUGUUACUACCUGAAAUAAUUAGAGAAUAUAAAAAAAAUAUUAAGAUAAUGUUUUUUCUUCACACAACAUUUCCAAGUAGUAUUAGUUUUAAUAAAUUGGGCUGUAGAAAAGAAUUAUUAGAAGGUAUGUUGGCUGCAAAUUUAAUUUCAUUUCACAGUCAUGAAUAUGUAGCGAAUUUUAUUGAAUGUUGUAAAGCCAAUGGUCUUUCUUGUAAUAGUAAAGUAGAUGCUAUACCAAUAGGUAUUGAUCCUAAUAUAUUUACCAAGUGUCUUAAAGAAGAUAAAACAAAAGAACGUAUAGAAUAUUUUAAAGAUAAAUUUAAAAAUAAGACUAUUAUACUGGGAGUAGAUAGAUCUGAUUAUAUUAAAGGAAUUCCUAACCGUGUAGCAGGAUUUAAAAGAUUUCUAGAGAAAUAUCCCGACUACAAAAAUAAUACUGUAUUUUUACAGAUUAGUGUUCCCAGUAGAAUGGGGGUUGUUGAAUAUAAAGGAUAUGUAAACUGUAUAAAUAAUCUUGUAUCUGGUACAAAUAGUACAAUAGGAGAUGUAGACAGUACAAAUAUCUAUUUAUUAAAUAAUUCUGUUGAUUUUAAUACACUUUGCGCAUUAUAUUAUAUCUCUGAUGCACUGUUAAUUACAAGUUUAAGGGAUGGUAUGAAUUUAGUAGCUUUAGAAUAUAUAAGCUGUUCUUAUGAUACACAAGGAAUAUUAGUACUGAGUGAAUUUACAGGUGUAUCUUCUACCUUGCCUGGAUGUGUGAGUGUCAAUCCUUGGAAUACAGAAAGCAUAUGUGAAGGGUUAAAGGAAGCCUUAGAGAUGCCAAAAAAGGAAAGAAAAAGAAGAUAUAAAAUAAAUAAAGAUAAUGUAUACAAAUUUACUAGUUUUAAAUGGGCAGAAGAUAAUUUAGAUAUGUUAGAUGAAAACUGGGAAUCUGCGAUAAAGAAAAAAUAA